AUGGGCAAGCAGCUCCCGAAGAAGAAGCCGUGCUCCAUCUUUCCUUCUGCGAAGAAGGGUAAGACCAGGCUCCUUCUCAAGAAUAACUUCACCAAGAAGCCCGUCGGUGCGAAUGCGAAAACCAAGCUCUGGCAGAAGACUCCAUAUGUCCAGAACGGUAUUGUGCUCCGCAUGGACCGCGUGCGAUGGAAGCGAAAUCUCAAAGAUUUUCUCAACAAGGACGAGAACCGCAUGGUCAAGAUCCUCACCGAAGAUGGGCUCCUGCCGGACUGCAGUAAGAUGAAAUGCCCUUUCUGCAACACCAGCGCGGUGUCCCCCUUGCAGAAACGCGACAUCCUUCCACCCCGAUAUCGUUGCCGAAGCCGACACUGCCACAAGUUCAUCUUGCCACACUACCUUCACCCGGUGUUCACAUCUCGCAAUGGUUCAGAAGGACAUUCUCUUUCCGUGCAGGGGAGCGCCUUGCUCAUGCGACUCGCCGGUGUUCCUCUCAGCAGCAUACACAUACUGCUCGACAUGAACCACAAAGCUCUUGAACGCAUGGAAAAGAACUUGGCCUUUGUGCGCAAGGCAUACGUGGAGCAUUGUCAGAAGUCCAUGAGCUUUGGGACGGGUAAAGGGAAGGAAUGGACCGAAGUCGAAGCCGAUGAGGCUGUCUUCGACAAGUUCCUCCUCCCUGCAGAAGAUGCAGAGGUGCAGAAGAAGCCAAUGCGAUGGGAACAGUGGCUUGGUAUGGUCGCCCGGGGCAAGCCUUCUUCAUUGGUGCUGAUCCGCUUACCUUCCACGGCAACUUGCAAGAGGGCACCAGGUCCUGGUGCUGUCAAGAAAGAGAGCUGGCUGAAAGUCGCCAACACCUGGCUCAAAAAUCGCAACAUCAUACUCCACACUGACAGCGGCAAGUACGUCUGGAAGCCACCGACCUUCGUGCGUCUCGUGAAGCACAAGCUGCCAGAUGGCCGAAAGAUCACUCUCAAGGCAGGGGCGCAGGUGGUGGAUCGUGCGUGGAGGUACAUCAAAGACCGCGUCAAGCAGAAUCAACACGUCAAGCCAAAGUUCGUUCCGCCCCAGUAUGAGUACUGGCACAGGGGUAAGGAUGCUUGGAUGAGCACCGGGGAACUCUUCACGUGGUACAUGAACACCAUUGCUGCAAAGCUCUGA